AUGUCUCCCAUCCGCACAGCACUCAUCGGUCUCUCCGCCUCCCCAACCGGUACCUCGUGGGCUACAUCCGCACAUCUGCCGUAUCUCCUCUCCUCAUCCCAUUAUGAAAUCGUGGCGUUGCUUAAUUCGAGUAAGCAGAAUGCGGAGAGCGCGAGGGUGAAGUUUGGGCUUGGGGAGGGGGUGAGGACGUAUGGCGAUCCGGAAGAUCUCGCGAAUGAUAAAGACGUCGAUCUAGUCGUCUGCUCCGUGAGAGUCGACCGGCACCUCCAAACCGUGCGUCCUAGUAUCAUCGCCGGCAAGACUGUCUUCGUGGAGUGGCCACUCGAACGCAAUCUCGCCAUCGCCAAAGAAAUGGCCGCUUUAGCAAAAGCGCACAACGCGAAAACCAUAAUAGGUUUGCAAGGUUCUUUCGAUCCUACGAUUCGGAAGAUGAGGGAGUUUGUGCAGACUGGGAAACUGGGGAGGGUGGUUAGUAGUUCCAUUGUUGCGAGUCUCGGCAAUGGAGGGGUGAGCGAGAAGACAACGGUGAGGUAUUUUUUGGAGAGGGGCGUUGGUGGGAAUGUGGUGUCUAUUCAUGGGGGGCAUACGUUGGAGGUUGUUGGUGCUGUGCUGGGGGGGUUUGAGAGUUAUAAAUCAGUCAUGGCUAUAAGACACGAGAAAAAGGAUAUUCUGGAUGGUGAUGAAAUCGUGGAGAGGGAUGUCAAGAAUGAAGUCCCAGAUCAGAUUCUCAUCCAAGGUAUCGCUGGACCUGAUAAAGCACCGAUAUCAAUCCAUCUCCGCGGCGGUCCGCCAUUACCGGGCACACCCGGGAUAGAAUGGCGGAUCCAAGGCUCCCUCGGAGAGCUUCGUCUCGAGAGUCCGAGUUGGGCACUCAGUGUAGGGAGAGAGGAUACGAAAGUUGUGUUUUAUGAUGGGAAAGGGGGAAGUGAGGUUUGGGACGCGAGAGAUGAGGGGGAGUUCGGGGGACUGCCGCAGCCGGCGAGGAAUAUUGGGAGGAUUUAUGAGGCGUUUGCGAGGGGGGAGUGGGUUCCUGAUUGGGAGUGGGCUGUGAAGAGACAUGAGGUUGUUGAGGGGCUUUGGAGGGGGUUUGAUGGGGUGGAGGGGUGA